UGGUGGUUGCGUGUCGUCAUCAUCCCCGCGACGUUCUUUUUCAUUUUGUAAACAUCAGCUGGGGAAGUAAAUUGAGGAGAAGUCAUGGAUAAUCUCGUGAAGGUGCACGGAGGGGGGGGCUAUGACUCUGACUUCAGUGAUGAUGAAGGGCCAGGAGAGUCCUCAGAAAAAGGACUUAAAAGGAAACGUGAGGAGGAAAUCCUACAGAAGCCUUUCCAGAAAGGCCGGCACUCAAAGGUGGCUCACCGAAGUUUACACUCCAAUGAACUCGACAGAGAGGAAGCCAGGAACAGAAGAGCCCACCUGAUAUCAAUGAAUGCUUUUGAGCGCCAUAAGAAGUUUGUGGGGGACUACAUACUUUAUUAUGGAGGACAGAUGGCCGACUUGAAACGCUCGAGAGCCAAUGACAAAACAGACGUGGAUGUGCUGCGAGAGAAUCAUCGCUUCCUCUGGAGGGAUGAGGACGAGGAUGACAUGACAUGGGAAAAAGAACUUGCCAAGAAGUAUUACGACAAGCUGUUUAAGGAGUACUGCAUUGCUGACCUCAGCAGAUACAAGGAAAACAAGUUUGGAUUCCGUUGGCGGACUGAGAAUGAAGUCGUCUCGGGCAAAGGUCAGUUCCAGUGUGGAAACAAACGUUGUGAGAAGCAGGAAGGCCUAAAAAGCUGGGAGGUGAAUUUUGCCUACGUGGAACACAGUGAGAAGAGAAAUGCAUUGGUCAAACUAAGAAUAUGCCCUGAAUGCUCUUUCAAACUCAACUACCACCACAAGAGAAAGGAGGUAAAAGCAAAGAAAAUCACUAAAAGGUUAUCUGAGAAUCAGGAGCCGCCACAGAAGAAGAAGAAAAAGAAGACGAAGCGGUCCUCUUCACACUCAAAGAAGCACAAACACAAGAGGCACCGAGCCUUCUCUCCUUGUUCGCCUACAGAUCGCCCCACCUCUUCCAGCAGCUCAGAGGAGUCCCAGGACUCAGACAAAGACUCUGAAGCUGGAGAUGAGCGAGAAGGCCAAUCAGAAGCCGACCACUGGCGAGGACCCGCCCCUGCAGUGGACGAAAAGUCAAGGGAAGAGGAAUUUGACGACUACUUUGAAGACAUGUUUCUUUGACUUUGCUGGUAUCAGCGGACGUCCUGCUGUGAAUACACUUCUGUCGGAGCCUCACUGACAUUACAAGAUGUUCUGUUUGAUUGCAUGUGUUAUUACGUCUACAGAAAUAAACCAAAUGUUUACCUUGUAUCUGUCAGAGUCUUCACAAUACUAUCAGCAUCUCUGUUUCAAUUCAAACACCAUCAUGGCAGAACAUCAUUUAAAAAAAAGGUUUUGUCACUGGAGCAGAAACUAGAGAUGGCAGUGUCUGACUGUGCUUUGGUCCACAACUUGACUGAAAAGUCUUCAUACAUUUUUGAUUGGAUGAGUUGGAUUAACUUUAGAAAAAGCUCUCCUUUCCUCAGAGCCAACAGGAGUAUACACAGGAACAUUUUUAUUUCCGUUGGUUCAAUAUUUUUUUCCAAAAAACCUAAAUUUGUUACAUUCCAGCCCAGCCCUAGCUAAUUUUAGAUGCUAACAUAGAUGCUAAUUUUAACAUUGUUAACAAAACACCUGACCUCUAUUAUGUUACUGUCAUUCACCAAAAAAGCAGUAAAAUACCUUAUUUUGUUUUCUUGAAGGAGGUUGAGCAAACCAUGAAAAAAAAAAAAUUGCUCUACUUACAUAAAAAUGCUGUCAAGGCUGUUAAUGUCUGUGCUAACCUUCUGCUCGUUUGUUCAUGUUUUUCUUGUAUUGCUGAAUCUAUUUUAUAAGCUAUUUUAUUUUUUCUAAGUUUUCCUGUGAAAUUAAGCUUAAAAGAAAACAUCUUUUAGCAAUUUUGUUUACACAUUAGCAUACUGACAUGAGGAGCAUUUAGCUUAAUUAGCAUAUUUAUAGACCACUUGUUCUGUUUAUUAUAUAAGAAUUAUCUUAACUUUAAGUUAUAUUUUAUUAUAUGAAUCUUUACUUUAGAUGUUGCCACCUUUUUUUGACUGCUACUCAUUGCUGUGUAAGUGAAAAUGCAUUGUAGCAGCUGCGGUAACAAUACAAGAGUCUAGCACUCAGCUCUGAAAAAGGGAACCAGGAUUAGCUAAAGAUUUCCCGCCUGCCAAGGGCAAAUUGAAGCACUGCCUUGACUUCAACUCUUGAAACAGGAAACUGCGUGAGGUUGCUAAGAGAUUAUAGACCUUGGCUUAAAUAAAGACAAUUACUUUA